ACACCCCCGAGCCGGUCAUCAGCCUCGGUAUCAUUGAACACUGUGCACCAGCGGGAGCACCCGAGCUCCGGCGGAACAGUGCGCCAGGAUUUCUUGUUUCACUGAAGGACCUGUAAUUGUUUUUUUUUCCUGCUUUUAUUUCCUCAGAGAAUUAAAUCAAAGAAGAACGGAGUAUUUUUUUGUUGUUGCAGCGGGACAGGCUCGACGACACCGGGGCACAGAGCAGAGAUAUAGGAGCGAGGCUUCAGCACAUAAUAACCCAGGACACCAGUCUUUAUUUCUGCACGAGAGAACCUUACUUUGGAUUACUUUUGAAUUCAGUUCCUAACUGUAACGCCCACAAAAAACAACUAAAUAAAUGUAUUACCUGGCUUCAGCAUGACGCUCUCUUUCAGGGAAUAAAUAAAACCUCACUAUUGCACUGCAUGCGCGGAUGCGUGCACUUCUGCGCGCUUUGUGCAGAUCACCACAGACAGAAAAUUAGUUAAACCUGUAGAAUAACAGGAUAGAUGGUUGGAAGACAUACGCUAUUAUUUAAUUUAGGAAUAACCGUCAAUUCAGUAUUAUCUUGAACCGAGGUCUGCUCCUCUUUGAACACAGAAAAAACCUGUGAAGUCUGGAUCAGGAUGCUUUGCAGCUGAAACCACUUUUCCGGGACUCUUGUAUUUAUUUACACCUAUCGCACGGACUUCCAACUCCACCCUGGACCAGGAAAGGACCAGAAUCAUGAUGAGUCCUGGCGGUGCGAUGUUGAUCAUGCUUCCGGUGUUAAGCCUGCUCUCAGGAGCCUCCUGGGCAGCGACCCUGGCCGGGCUGGGAGAUACAAUUCUAGGCCCGGAGAAGUUUGAAGGUGUGGCCAACUUCAGCACUUUCCUAUUGGAUCAUUCGACAGGAAUGCUCUUUCUGGGCGCCAGGGAUGCCAUACUGGCUGUGGACACAUACAAACUGAAUCAACAACCCAAAAAGAUUAUUUGGGAUGUGCCAGAAGACAAGAGGAGGUCUUGUGUGGCAAAAGGAAAAACUGUGGUUGACUGCAACAAUUACAUCCGUCUGCUGGAGUUUCUGGGUGAUGGACGCGUUUAUGUUUGUGGCACCUAUGCCUUUGACCCACAGUGUGCAUUCCUGGAGCUCUCCUCUUUCACCCUGGAGAAAACUGAGGAUGGAAAGUUGAAGAUGGAGACUGGGAAGGGCAAGUGUCCCUUUGAGCCCAGUCAGCACUACACAGCUGUUAUGGCAGGUGGUACCCUAUACACAGCAGCCACCAGUAACUUCCUUGGAACGCUGUUUGAUAUCUCUCGGGCAACUGGCGCUGAGCAAGAGCGCAUCCGCACUGAACGAUCCAUCAAUUGGCUGAGUGACCCUGAGUUUGUGAGCUCAGCCUUCAUAGAGCAAUCUCCAGACAGCAACCCGACUGGAGACGAUGACAAAAUCUACUUUUUCUUCACUGAGGUGGCCAAAGAGUACGACCUGUACACCAAAGUCAAAGUACCCAGAGUGGCACGAGUCUGCAAGUCGGAUGUCGGGGGGAUGAAGACUCUGCAGAGACGUUGGACCACAUUCCUUAAGGCUGAGCUGGUGUGUGAAGACAAACCCAGUGGUCAACGCUACAACAUCUUAACAGAUGUUUUCACUACUCAGCACACCCCAGGCGACCCCAGCAGCACACACUUCUAUGGGGUGUUUACAUCCCAGUGGGAGCGUGAGGAGCUAUCAGCAGUGUGUGUUUUCAGUCUAUCUGACAUUGGGAAAGUGUUAGAUGGUUCCUUUAAGGAGCUGAAGAAAACAUGUGAGAACUGGAUAAAUCCUGAACCCAUACCCACACCAAGGCCUGGCCAGUGUUUGAACAAUGCUCUGAAGGCUGAGGGGUAUGAGACCUCCCUAAAACUCCCUGAUAAGGUGCUGACAUUUGUGAGAGACCACCCAUUGAUGGAGAACAGUGUUACUGCAGCUCCCUUACUGGUUCGUAAAGGAAUAACAUACACUAAACUGGCUGUCACACAAACGGGCAUUGGAGAGGAGCGGAGAGGAGUAGUACUGCACCUUGGAACGGACCGUGGAGAGCUCCACCGGGUGGCAGUAGUGGGCCAGAACACCACUCUACUGCAGGAGAUUGCUUUGUUCACCUCACAGGAGCCUGUAAAUAAUAUAUUGCUGCACCAGGGCCGAGCUCUGGUGGGCAGCCCUCUGUCACUGGCUCGUUUCCAGGCUGAGGGCUGCGCUCUAUAUCUCAGCUGUCAGGUGUGUGCCAAAGCCAGAGGACUGGGCUGUGUGUGGAGCACAGACGAGGAAACCUGCAGACCUACAACAGCAGACCCUGGUCCUGGUGAUAUAGUGGAUGAUGCCUUAAGAAAAUGUGAUAAUGAAGAGGGGCGCUGCAACCCAUCUAUCAGAGAACUCAGAGUUUCUGUAGGUCUGCGUCUCUUGUUGCCAUGCGUCCAGCUGUCUCCUAGGCCCUGUAGUUGGGAGUAUCCUCCCCACAGACAUACCAGACAACACAACUCUGACCUGGAGGUAACUGUGACUGAUGACAGCCUGGGAAGAUACAUCUGCACAUGCCAGGAGGCAGGACCAGCUAUCAGAGAUCCCACCCCCUGCCGCAGAGCAGCCUAUCAGCUGACGCUAGAAGGUCCAAGCGCUGGAGGAACCAUUGCAACAGCAGGAGGUCGUCACGUCCUGGCCAUCUACAUCCUCUUCUUCUGUGGGGGUUUGGUGUUAGGUAUAUGCCUCCUCUACUUUGCAACCCGGAGGCGCAGCAUCGGCCACCAAGCCAACCACCUGCCAGAUAAUUCCCUGUCAUCUGAGAAAGGGCGAGACUUGCUGGGCUCUUCAGCCACACCACAGUCACCUAGCAGUGAUAGCCUGCUGUCCGAGGGAUUCAGAUUAACGGAAAAACGUAAUGGUACAGCAACCACAAACACAACUACAACACUUCUCAGCAACCAUGGUAAUGGUUCUCACCAGUGUAACAGCUACAGCGGCACACUGAUUCACAACAACCCAAGCAAUGGCCAUGGAAACUCCCUGUAUGCCUGUUCCAACACAAGCAGCAGUGGGCUUAAGUUCAGCUCCGAAAUAUUAACUGCAAACCUGCUGGAUGGAAGGACGGGGGAGAUGGAGAGGGCGAGGCCUAAGAGGAUAGAGAGGGAUUCAGGGGAGAGGGAUGAAGUUGAUGAAGGGCUGGGGGACGGGGUAGGUGAUGGGAUAAUAGGACUAGAGGAGGAGUUGGCCAGCUUCCCCAUGUUUAAAUCACCAGCACCGCUAGCUAAGUGUGAAGAAAGUUCAAUAUGAAAAGUUGAUAUUUAAAUGUACAACUGAUUGUAUCAUUUUGCAUCUCCUAAAUAACGAAACACUGCUUGGAGAUAUGCAGAAUGGCUCCUGCCAAAUGCCUUUGAAUGGGAACCGUGGCAUGAAGAGAGACUACAGAGAUGUAUGUGGAAUAUAUCAGUCUAUGUUUAAGUAUGUGACAGAGAUGUGACAGGAAGCCUAUUCUAUUGUUGUGAGUCACUCAGGAGGAACCACAGCGAAAUAAAUAUGUAACAUGCACCUAUAAAAUGUAAAUAUGAGAAGUCUGAACUUGACUGUGGACAAAACGCUGAGUGUGAUAUUGCACAAUUUAUCUGUGCAAAGAAUCAAAGAUAAAAUGUCUUCGUAUGUAGACAUGGAUAAGCCAUAUUGUUGUUGUUCUUGACUUAUGUUGUUGUUCUCUUCUCUUGAUGGAGGUCUCUGUCUUAAAUUAUAUUCCUCUCUCUGACACACCACUUAAUUCCCAAUCAUGGAUGGGUUCAAAGGCACCAAAGGACUACUCCACUAGCGACUGUCCAGUGACUGUUCCCUGGCUUCAAACUGAAGCAGAGAGAUAACACUGUCAGGAACUUAAGAACCAGGACUAUACUGUACAGCCCUCGGAUGGGCUGCAGUACCAGUGUGAGCUGUCCCUGCCUACACUGCUGCACAGGUCAAGAGGACUAAGGGGUUUACACUCAUGUUUGUGUGCACUGCAUUCAUGUGGGCAAAAGAAUGAUUUUUCUGUGUGAAAAUCAUAUCAGCCUGGCAGUAUAUGGACCUUACCAGACACAAAGCCACCAUCACAUUGUUUUGUGAGUGUGGAUUUUAACAUGAAAAUGUACUGUUUUUGUCAUGAUGUUUUGUAAUAAAGCCUUAAAAUGUUGC